UAACAUAUCUUUUGUUUCCAAGAGAACAUCCUGUGUUCAGUGUUUUGUCCAUCUGAGUACCUUGAAAACGCUUUGCAUGCAUUUUUCAUGAUAAAAAAAGACUCUGGACAGCAUCGGUUUCAAACGCAAACCCUUAUAAAUGCGAUUUGCCACGUUUACAAGCAUUUUGCGUUUGAAACGCUGAUAAAAUCGACUGCUGAACGCAAGUUUUCUGCGUUAAAAAAAACGACUGUAAACUCUAAUGCCUGUAAACGAAGAUGUGUACAUGGACACAUAGGAAAACAUGAG